AUGGCUGACUCAAAUCUUAAUGAACAUGAAAUUCUAAUUUCAUCAUAUUUAUUGAAAAGAAAUAAAUCUAAAAAUUGGCAAAAAAAAUGGUGGGUAUUAAGAAGAAAUCAAUUAUCUUAUUAUAAGGACUCAAAAGAAUAUAAAGCAUCAAAAGUUAUACCCAUUGGUAAUAUCUUAUCAUUCAGUAAAAUCCCUGAUAAUCAUUCCAAUCAUUUCAUUAUAGUUACAAAUGAACGUAUUUAUCAUCUUAGAUCAUUAACCUUGGAGGAAUUUAAUUCUUGGUUUAAUAUAUUAACAAUGAUUCUUAAUUUAAAUGAUGAUGAAGAAUUCAAUAAUGGUUCCAAAAAUUUCUUCAAACCAAGGAAAAUAUCAGAAAAUUUGGUGAUUAAAGAUGCUAACCAGGAUAUCAAUCAAGGUAAUAACCCAGAAAUUGAUCAAGAAGAUCAUGGUAAUGAUGAAGAAAUUGAAGAAAUUGGUCAAGAAUUACAUAGAUUGAAUUUCUCAGGGACAGAUGAUAAUUUUACAAGUGGAUUAUCAGAUGGUGGAUUAAGUCAUUCAAGCUUCCAUCAUAAUAAUGUUUCAUCUCAUGCAAAUAAUUCAAAUUUCUCCAUAAAUCAUAGUUUACCACCCCCAAUACCUGAAAAUUCCAUAUUUAAUAAGAUUAAUAAUGAUGAAAUUCCAAAUGUUAAUGAAGAUCCAGAAACUACAUAUAAUUCAUUAUCAUUUGAUUCACCUGAACAUUUAAUAGCUAAAGGCUAUCUUUUAAGGCUGAAAAAACGUUACAAUCAAUGGAAAAAAUAUUAUAUAAUAUUAACAAAUCGUUCAAUGAUUUUUUAUAAAAACUUGAAAGAUUAUGAAUCAAAUAAAUCAUAUAAAAAGAUUAAUUUGAAUGAAUUAAUUGAUGUUGUGGAAUUAGAUCCUUUAAGUAAAAAUAAAUUAUAUUGUAUGUUAAUUAUAACACCAAUGAAAAGAAUACGAUUUUGUGCAGAAAAUGAAGAUGAAUUAAUUAAAUGGUUAGUUUUAUUAAAAGCUAUAAUCAAAACCAGGAAAAAUGCAACAACAACUUCUUGA